AAUCUAACAAUCAAGACAAUAUGAAUUCACAAACUACUAUUUCUAAGACUAUAGCUGCUAGAGUCAAUAAAAAUACUAGACAAAAAAAAACUCUAAUUGCUUCAAAACUAUACCUCAGAGUCAAACCUUGUUUAAAAGUAACUAACUUGACAAGUAAUAUUUUAAAUAAUACUUUAGAUUCAAGUAUAUUCAAUCAAACUACUGAUCCAAGUAUGUCUAAUCAAGCUAUCAACUCAAGCAUGUCUACUCAAGCUACUAACUUAAGAAUAUCUGAUCAAGCUACUAACCCAAGUAUAUCUAAUUAA